CCCGGAAACCGGUGACUCUGCCACCGCCGGUAUUGGGGAUGCCGAGCUGCGGGGACCAGGGCCGGGGAGGGGUGGGAGUAAGGGGGUCUGUGGGUGGUUGUCAGGCCAUAAACCAGGCUAACCCCAAGGCACGGGCAGGAUGCGUGCACACUCAGCUCCUGCAGCAGCAGUCGUGAGCAGAGCACAGAUCAACAGCACAGAAGAGCUAGCGCCUGGCAUCCCCUCCAUGACCCAGGCCUGGGGAUUAUGGGCCCUCUUAGGGGUUGUGACGCUGCUGCUUCUCGUUUCACUGGCUGUGCACUUGUCCCGAUGGACUAGUGGCUGGAGCAGGAACCAUCUGGGACAGGGGUGCUCUGGAGGGUCUGUGGAAGAGGUCCCCCUGUAUGGGAACCUGCAUUAUCUACAGACAGGACGGCUAUCUCAAGAACCACAGUCAGACCUGCAGGAUCCAAUGCUUGGAGGCCCUGCCAAGGCUGCAGAAGAGGGGAUGUGCUACACCAGCCUGCAGCUGCGGCCUCCUCAGGGCCGGAUUCCCAGCCCUGCAACCCCCAUCAAGUACUCUGAGGUGGUGCUGGACCCUGAGCCAAAGCUCCAGGCCUCGGGCCCCGAGGUGGAGCUCUAUGCCUCCGUGUGUGCCCAGACCCGCAGAGCCCGGGCUCCCUUCCCAGACCAGGCCUACGCCAACAGCCAGCCUGCACCCAGCUGAGAUGGAGGGCCUGACACAGUAGGCAUGCGCUAUCCCAGCCUCCUCUGCCGCAGGGGUUACCACUACCCUGUUGGGGGCAUGACUGUUUCCCAACCACCCCCCCAAAGACAGGAAGCCAUUGCAUAGUCACAAGAGGUGGUAUUCCCUGAACAUCCUAUUUCAGCUGUGAGGGAGACAUCUCAGGGGAACAGCAGGCCCCAGUUUCUUGAGGAUGGAGGAAGCACAGGCUCCUUUUCUGCCUCUCUUUUUCUAUUACUCUCAGCCCCCAAACUCUUAAGAUCUCACUUCCUCCUCUGUGUGCAGUUUAACCAGGUCCUCCCCACUCUGGCUCCCUUAUAGUCUGCCUCAGACACCUCAGUGUCUCCUCAGACACAGGAAGUAGGGGGGAGGGGGUAAGAGCCUGAGAGGACUGGGUAAAACUCCUCAGGAGCCCCCAGGCUGGAGAGUUGCUGGAACCUGGUGACCUGAGGAAGCCAAGCCUGGCUUCUGAUCUGAGCACCCUGUCAGAAGAUUACCAGUCUCCAUCCUGCUGCCUCUGUCAUAUCCCCACAUUUUCAAAUAAAAUUUCUCAAAAUGUGUUUAGAUUUUA